AGAGACUAGAGAGAGUCAGCAAUAGGAGGAGGGGUUCUAGUUGAUAGACGCAUAGCUGCACCAAUUGAAUCCUUCCCCCUCUCAUCCUGUGUUUUCACCCUCUCCAUCUCUCUAACGCCCCCCUCAUCUCCUUCCCUCUCAUUGUUGAAUGGUCAGGAGGUGUGUGACUGUGUUCGUCUUUGCUGAGGAGGGGCUGUGUGCGUGCUUGAUUGUGUGUGAGUGUGUAUUUGUGUGUGUGUGCACAUGUGUGUUAAAACACCAUUGUUCCUGAUAGAUGGAAAGCUGUGCCGUGUUUGGAAAAUCCAAGGUCAUUGGAGCCCGGUCACAUGCGGCGUAUGCGAGCGUGCGUGUGUGAUUGAGUGUCUGUGAGAGUGUUUGUGUGUGAGUGUCUCUCUCUCUCUCUCUCUCUCUCUCUCUCACUGGCUAUGUGACCGAGAAAGAGGCUUCAGGCAAAGAACAGAGAAUUUCAUCAGGUUUUCCAUCAAUGUACGGGGUUUGUGGAUGCUGUGGGGCCCUGAGACCCCGCUAUAAGCGGCUGGUGGAUAACAUCUUUCCAGAAGACCCUGAGGACGGUUUGGUGAAAGCUAACAUGGAGAAGCUUACAUUUUACGCCUUGUCUGCUCCAGAGAAACUGGACCGUAUCGGUGCCUACCUGUCAGAAAGACUAUCCAGAGAUGUUGCCCGGCAUAGAUAUGGGUAUGUUUGUAUUGCUAUGGAGGCUUUGGACCAGCUGCUGAUGGCCUGUCACUGUCAGAGUAUAAACCUUUUUGUGGAGAGUUUCCUUACUAUGGUGCGCAAACUGCUGGAGGCAGACAAACCCAACUUACAGAUCCUGGGCACUAACUCAUUUGUGAAGUUUGCAAACAUAGAGGAGGAUACACCAUCAUACCACCGUAGCUACGAUUUCUUUGUCUCACGCUUCAGUGAGAUGUGCCAUUCCAGUUACGAGGAUCCAGAUAUUCGCACAAAGAUUCGUAUGGCAGGGAUCAGGGGUCUUCAGGGGGUGGUGAGGAAGACUGUCAAUGACGAGCUUCAGGCAAAUAUUUGGGACCCUCAGCACAUGGACAAAAUCGUGCCGUCUCUCUUGUUCAACCUCCAACAGGAAGAAGCUGCAGAGAGGUCUCCUUCCCCAGGGACAGAGAAGGAGAAGGAAAGUCCAGUGGAACUGACCGAGAGAUGUUUUCGAGAGCUGCUGGGACGAGCAGCCUACGACAACAUCAAGAAUGCUGUGAAGCCUGUGCUCAUGCAUCUUGAUAAUCAUUCACUCUGGGAGGGCAAAGCUUUUGCAGUGCGCUGUUUCAAAAUCAUUAUGUACUCCAUUCAGACCCAACAUUCACAUCUAGUGAUUCAGCAGCUAUUAGGCCACUUGGAUGCCAACAGUAAGAAUUCAGCCAGAGUGCGUGCUGGGAUAGUGGAGGUGAUCUCAGAAGCAGCGGUCAUAGAAGCCAGUGGCUCCAUAGGGCCCACAGUACUGGAGGUGUUUAAUACUCUACUGAAGCAGCUCAGGCUCAGUGUGGACUACGAACUCACUGGAUCCUAUGACUCUUUUGCAAACAUGGGCUCCAAGGUCAUUACAGUACAUGAGGAGAGACAACUCCAAGAAUCUGUCAUUAAAACUAUUGGCUCAUUUGCAAACACGCUGCCCACCUACCAGCGCUCGGAAGUCAUGCUGUUCAUCAUCGGUAAAAUCCCUGUGCCUGGCAUGUAUCCGUCUCUGGGGUCAGCCAACACCGGGGUUGAGGGCAGUAGGAUGAUCCAGAUUAUGCUUCUAAAGUCUCUGCUGCAGGUAACAGCAGGGUUCCAGUCUACGAACAUUUUGACAGCACUUCCCACCUCAUUCCUGGACCCUCUCUUGUCCUUUACUCUGAUGGAGGACGCAGAAAUCCGUCUACUUGUUCUCGAUAUCCUCGUCAGCAUCAUUGAUCGUCAUGACAACCGGCACAAAUUCACCCCUGUCAGAAUUAUAUCAGAUAUCUCGGUACUAAAGCUGAAAGUAGACAAAUGCUCAAGGCAGGAUAACCUGUUCAUGAAGAAACACAGCCAUAGGCUGUACCGCCACAUUUACCUGGCCUGCAAAGAGGAAAGCAGUGUCCAGCGACACUUUGAGUCUCUGCAUAUGCUGCUGGGGUUGAUCUGUGUGGAACUGGCCAAUGAGGAAGUGGUGGUGGACCUGAUCAGACUGGCUUUGGCCUUACAGGACCUGGCCUUGACUGAAGAGGGUCUUCCUGUAUAUACCCGCUGUGCCAUUCACGCUCUGUCAGCUGCCUACCUGAACCUCAUCAGCCAGCUGACCACUGUGCCCACCUUCUGCCAACACGUCCAUGAGGUGAUUGAGUCAAGAAAGAAAAUUGUCCCUUUCCUGCUUCCAGAGGAUGUUCUUGUUGAGAGCUUUAAGAUCCCAGAGAAGCUGGAGACGGUGGAAGGAGAGGUGCUGUUUUUGCAGACUAAGAUAGCAGAGAUGCUGGGCGGCAGUGGAUACAACACAGAGAGACUGGCAACACCAUACAUCCCACAGAUCACAGAUGAAGACAGACUGUCCAAGAGAAAGAGCAUUGGAGACACUGUCUCUCUGCAGUUAGAGAUGGAUUCUAGAAACAGUCCAGAGAAAGAGCAGAGAUCCACAGCAGAGCAAAUAACAUUUGAAACUCUUAAACAAGCCAUUGUAGACAGUGUGAAUGUAGAGGAGCUGGAGAGAGAGCGCAGAAGGCAGGUGGUGGAGAGGUUUCAGAACGCUCCAUUUGAAGAGAUAGCAGCUCACUGCGGGGCCAGGGCUUCCCUACUGCAGAAUAAACUCAACCAAAUCUUUGAAAUCACAAUCAGGCCUCCGCCGAGUCCGUCUGGCUCUGUCGGGAACGGUCACGGCCGGACCCGCUCCAUACCAGUGUAUGAAAUGAACUUUCCAGACCUCUGUGUAUACUGAGAUACCCUGGAGCCCCAGUUGCCUCAUACAGCUGUUUUCAUCCUUCUAUCAUCACUCCUUCUCAAUGUCCAGGUGUAACUAUAUGUCUUCUAAACCAUGUCCUCUAGUGCAGUGGUUCUCAACUGGUUUGGUCAUCGCACCCACAUUUGACCAUGGUCAUUAAGCCACAACCCAAUUUGACCUAAUUCCUAAAAAAAGUGUGUAUAUAGAUAUAAUUAGCCCUAAUAAAAAUUCUAAUAAAUUUGCUUUUAAAAACAAAGUAAAUGUAUUUAUCAUAAAUGGUCAACUCACACACAAGUGCCAUCCCACUUUACUUACGCACACACAUAAAUUGUAAGAAUGUCACUUAAACUAAACUAUAUAUUUUUUAAUGCAACAAAGUAAGUAAGCUAGUAGGACCCGCCACAAAUAAAAUAUACAAAAUAACACAGUGUUGUUAUAGAACAGAAUACAAAUCCUUCCCAACUUAACACUUGAAGUAGCUGUUACAUCAUUUAUUGGUACUUUUUUCAUGACUUACUAAUUGACAACAUAACUACGACAUUGCAUGCUUAUAAUUUCUUUGAGUUAUAUGCAGUGCCGCCACACUUGCGCUACAAGCAUAGUAUGAUGUCUGACAGGACAGGGAAGUUUGUUUUUUGGAGGUGAGAGACUUUAUUACAUAACAAGGCAUGAAAUAACGUUAGAAUAAUGACACUGACAACAUCUCAUCUGAGUCUGACCGUAGAUACUGAAUCAGGACAGCAGUCUUUAGUUAAACUGCGUCUGACAGAAGUGUCAACAGCUUUCACACUAAAUUCUUGCAUCAGAAAAACAUAGAAUUAGGUUUGUUGUAGUUUCUUUAAAACGGUCUUGCGACCCACCAGUUGAGAAACACUAGUCUAGUCUAGUUUAUUAUCAGACUUUAGAUAAGGAUUAUGGCUGUACUUUAUCCUGAGGUCUAUUUAUGCCAACAAAGACAAACAAACCAAGAGAAUAUACUAUAUGUUGGUUAAAUAUGCACUUAAACACUUAGUCUAGAAAAAAAGGGGCAGAAAAUUUUUUGACAAAUGAUCGUAGCUUGUCUGAGUAGAGAGUCUGUUGUUCAGUCUGUUGUUCAGAGCAAGUGAUUGGUUUUCUUGUACUACUAAAAAGUUAAGCUGCCUUAAAUUUUGUAUCUUAAGUUAAGAACAUUUGUUUAAGAAUGUCCUAAUGUUUCCAAAACCUUUUUCAAUGUGUGGAUACAAACCGUUUAGCUAAAUACAAGCUUUGUUUGCAUGUUUAAACGUCUCUACAUGCUGCAAUAACAGUUGUAUUUAAAGCAAUAAUUAUUGAAUUUAAAAAUUGGCUAGAAGCUGAAGAGAAAAUACAGCAAAUAGGAUGUUUCCAGUUCAACUGAAAGCAGUUUUCCAAUCAAAAGUGAUGGUUAAAGGGAUAAAAAUGAACAUUUCCUCAUUAUUUACUCGCCAACAUGCCACACCAUAUGCAUGAUUUUCUUUAUUCUGUGGCACACAAAUGGAUUUUUUUUUUUAGAAAAGUCCAUAUAAUGCAAUAAACAUCUGGGAUGGCAUGUGAGUGAGUAAAUGAUGAGAAAAUGUAACAUUUUUGGUGGCGUAUACCUUUAAUGACACAGUGUAAGAAAAUUAAUAAAGUCAGUCCCGUAUCAUCAUUUAUAACUAUAAUCGCUGCAGUUUCCUACAUCUCUACCUCACUAAUAAGUGAAGGGUACGAGUUUUCAUUUGCGUAAUGUUUGUUUGAUUGCAUAAAUAGUUUUUUUUUUCUGAACCAGAGUGAAGUGAUAAGACUUCUUAAGUAAAAUGUCGCGAACAAAAUCACAUUAACGAAAUUUCAUCAAAAUUUCACUGGCAAAAAAGGUCUACUGUAGUGAUGUACGGUAUAAAGCACUGCUCACACAGAAGUCACUUUCAAACCAAGCGUGGCAAAUUCAUGUGGCCAACUAACUUGAAAAUGAGCAAAAUCUGCCUUGGCAACUCUUUUUUUUUGCAGAGAAACGGAAAAUGUUAUCACAGGUCUAGUCUAACGCAGAGGUCACUUCUAAACGCAAAUACGUUGCAUUUACCAACAUAAUGCUGCUUGUUUAGAAGUUAAGCCCCAGGUUUCACAAACAAGGCUUAAGCCUAGUCCCAGACUAAAAUGCAAGUAUGAGCUGUUUUAACACAAAGCAACUUGCACUGAUAUAUCUUAAAAAAAUUAAUUUGAUUUGUCUCAAGAUGCACACCAUUAUAUAUAUAUUUUUUUUCUAAGGCACGUUUUUAAAAGCUACUUAUGUCUUAAUUUAUCUAAGGCCUAAUCCUGGCUCAAUCUAAGCCCUGUCUGUGAAACCGGUCCAAGGGUGCAGACCCAUUUAACUUUAUGAAGUGAAAUGCAGUCAUGUCAACAGGACAUGUGACAUAAACAUACGGAUUACACUAAUUCAAGUUUGUCGACCAUUUAACACAAAUUCGCCGGGUUUACCAAAGUAAAGCCAUUUGGUUUGGAAGUGACACUUCCAGUGGCUCUUCAAACAUCACUACAUACAGUUCAGGAUUGACAAUGGACCUACUUUGCUCACAAAAUUUGCUGAAGUUUCGCUAACUUUUUUUUCGCAAAAUUUCACAAAAUCCCAUCUAAAGGGAUCAGUUUUCUCCCUUUUUUGCCAUGAUAUGCGUGUCAUUUGUCGCUUGUACAGUGUUUCCUUUUUGUUUGCAAAAAUGAAUAAUUUCAGGUUUAUGUGUAACGGAAGCCAGCUAGUAAGAGCAGUUAGAGUAAAACUCACACCCCUGGCCUCAAGAGGCGCACUAGCGACUGACGCUGGAGGCUGCGGUCUUUAGCAUCCUUGCUAGUACGCCCACUACCCAUGCUGGUUUGAAUCCCGCUCAGAGCGGUGCGAGUAGUUACACUGGUGCUGUGACCUGGGUGGGACUGUAAGAGCUGUGCGAGUAAACCUCACUCCCCUGGUCUCAAGAGGCGCACUAGUGAAUGAAGCUUUUUAGUAGAACCGAGGGGGUUACGUAUGUCAAGAUUUUGUUCUCCCAGAUUUAAUCGCAGCACUUUAAAAGCUCACUGUGUAAAUGUGGUGUAUGCCGAAUAUACUUCUUGUGCGAAAUUUCAUCUUGACGUGUUCUUGUCUAAAAUUGGAUGGUGUUAUGUGUAGUCAUGUCAUAUUGUUCCGGUUCCACUUAGAAAUUUUACCAUGUUUUCUUGUCGUAAAAUAAGUUUUUUUUUUUUUUAGUUUUUGCAGUCAUUUUUAGGUUGAUGUAUUGUUAUAAUAUUUUCUUUUGGUAAUGCCUUGAAUUUAUUUACCACAACCACAACUAGUGGUUUUUAUCUUCUGUCAAUAUGGCUAUGAUGUUCAACCGAUGGAAUGUUCUAGACUGCUUACAUGUGAGGUGAUUUUGCAUGAAAUCGAAAUCAAAUAUCAAAGUUAAGUCUUUACUUGUCAGCUGCUGCAUGCACUGGGUGUUUUGUCUGUGCUUUUACCUUUUUUUAACUUCAAUUUUUAAUCAGUGAGAUCAUUACAACACUGUGGAUCGUAAUUAGUCAACCUGUGUUUAGAUACUAUCACUGCAAACGGAUAUGACUUCAGAACUGUGUUCUGUGAAUGUUUGCCUACAUGGAAUCAUUAAGUGAUGUACAUAUGUGGUGUGAAUAAUAAGAAUAUUAAUUAAAGACUAAUUUUAUGAA